UCUAUCUUGGGUUAGUUAAUAAAAUCUUUGGUAUAAGGUGGUCGUUGAACAGAUUAUUGUUUCAACUGAAACGAGAUUCCGAUACAUGUAUAGAUUUUUUGAGACGUUCCCAUUAAGUGAUUGUCAUUUACCACACUUCUUCCAUCCCCAAACACAACCGUAAACCAAACCUGUGAAAUGGUGGAACGGCCCCUUUAAGAAACUGUCGCAAAACCCUGCUACCGCCCAUGCGCAGAGAGAGGGGGCAACAGCGACGGAGAAAACAACAACAACAAGAGAACAGCGAGAUGGCUCCAUGAAUACAGGCCAACUUCACUCUCCACAACCUACCCGACUGCUGCUUUCUCACACGGCUGGAUUAGAUGGUGCCGGGCCCAUGAACUUGGCUAGUCAGAGCGGGGAGACCGGCUGUAGCCAGCUCCUCUUCGCCAACUUUAACCAGGACAACACGUCUUUAGCUGUUGGAACCAAAUCAGGCUACAAGUUCUUCUCCCUAUCGUCUGUGGACAAGUUGGAGCAGAUUUAUGAAUGUACGGACACAGAGGAUGUGUGUAUUGUAGAGCGUCUGUUCAGCAGUAGUCUGGUGGCGAUCGUCAGUCUGAAGGCUCCUAGGAAGCUGAAGGUCUGUCACUUCAAGAAGGGAACGGAGAUCUGUAACUAUAGUUACAGUAACACUAUACUGGCUGUCAAGCUCAACAGACAGAGGCUGAUAGUAUGUCUGGAGGAAUCUCUGUACAUCCACAACAUCAGAGACAUGAAGGUCCUGCACACCAUCAGAGAGACACCUCCCAACCCCUCAGGGUUGUGUGCUCUCUCCAUCAGUAAUGAUAACUGUUACCUGGCCUACCCCGGCAGUGCUACAAUAGGAGAGGUCCAGGUGUUCGACACGGUCAACCUGAGGGCAGCCAACAUGAUCCCAGCCCAUGACAGUCCAUUAGCAGCUGUGGUGUUUGAUGCUAGCGGAACCAAACUGGCCACAGCCUCGGAGAAGGGUACGGUGAUUCGUGUGUUCUCCAUCCCUGAGGGACAGAAACUGUUUGAGUUCCGUCGAGGAGUCAAAAGGUGUGUAUCUAUCUGUUCCCUGGCCUUCAGUAUGGAAGGCCUCUACCUAUCAGCAUCCAGUAACACGGAGACGGUCCACAUCUUCAAACUAGAGACGCAGAAAGAGAAGCCAACAGAGGAGCCGACGACAUGGGGUGGAUACCUUGGGAAGGUCCUGAUGGCGUCCACCACCUACCUGCCCUCUCAGGUGACAGAGAUGUUCACUCAGGGACGAGCCUUCGCCACCGUACGACUGCCCUUCUCUGGACACAAGAACAUCUGUGCUCUGGCCCUGAUCCAAAAGAUUCCUCGUCUCCUGGUAGCAGCAGCUGAUGGAUAUCUGUACCUCUAUAACCUGGACCCACAGGAGGGGGGAGAGUGUACCCUGAUGAAACAACACAGGUUAGACGGCAGUGCUGAGCCGCCCAAUGAGAUCCUGGAACAGGGGUCACAUGACCGACCCCUUACUGCACAGACCUACAACACCGCUGGGAUGAAAGGUUACUGUGAGGAGGCGGGUGCAGUGGGAGGGGCGGGACUAGAGGAUGACCUCAGCGAUCUGCGAUUGGACGAUGAGAAUGAAGAGCAGCCGCCACUCAUCCUGGAGACGGACUGACUGACAGCUACAGCAACCAAUCAGAGAGCCCCUCUGGUGUUGCUUGGAACAUGUAACAUGGAGGGUGGGAUUAAAAACUCUCAGUGUUCAACAGCGCCUCUGUCUGUCUGUGGAUGUAUACAUGUUUCUCCCUCCCUCUGUCUCCCUCCCUCCCCCUCUGUCUCCCUCCCUCCCCCUCUGUCUCCCUCCCUCCCUCUGUCCACCUGUGCAGGUGACUCUUUAGCUUUGCAUGUACAUGUGCCAAGACCAGAACGCUACGCAACGCUCUAACAAGGACCUCUGAAGUGUGUGUGUGUGUGGGUGGGUGGGCUGAGCUGUAAAUGUGUGUGCUGGGCAUGUACAUUAGCAUACGUUAGCUUCCCAGUCGCUCACUGGCUACCCAAUCAGAUGAAGGCUCAGUGGACAAGCCUUGCCCCUUCUCGCUGAGGCCUUCAGACAUUGGCAGAUGAAAUUGAUUGACAGAUCAGUCAGACCAGUGUCUGAUUGGGCGAGGAAUUUAAUCCAUAGAGAUAGAGGACUCAUCAUGUAUAUCACCUGUUUUACCAUGGACAUUGCCAUCAUCCACCAUUUUAAAGUAGUCAACUGGGUGGGGAUUACUAUGGGUUGUAACUUCAAUGGUGCUGUCACAGACUCUAAUAGCACAGAUACAAAGAUGAUUCCUCUAUCUACCUCUAUGGUGUAACCAGGGAUGUAGCUAGGGGUGAGUGAUGUUUAGCCAAUAGAGGCCUACAUUCCUGGAGGUGAUGUCUGAUUUGAUUGGUCAGAAACUACAUGUAGUGACAUCAUCAAGGCGGGGCAUGUCCACUGGGUCUCGUCAGACACAUGCCUUCCCAUGAUCCUCUGGGGUGAGGCGGAGCGGCUGGACGGACGGGUUCACAUGAUCAGACAUUUUCUAAUGAUUCAUGAUUUUGUAUAAAAUGUGAAACGGUGUUGAUUGGGAAAUAAAUAAAGUCCAUGUUAAUGUAA